AUGUCUCUCUAUAGUUCUCUAACUCUGCCGGCCCUGCUGGUCCUGCCCAGCGUGGAUGCUGUUGUUCAUGCUCCAAGAGUUCAAGUUUAUUCUCAUCAUCCGGCAGAGAAUGGGAAGCCUAACUACCUGAAUUGCUAUGUCUCUGGGUUUCAUUCACCCCAGAAUGAUGUAAAAUUGUUAAAAAAUGGGAAGGAGAUGGAGACGGAACUGUGCGAUCUUUCUUUUAGCAAAGACUGGACUUUCUAUCUCCUGGCGCAUGCUGCUUUUACCCCAAAUGACGAAGAUGAAUACGCCUGCAGGGUUACACACAUCUCACUCAGUACACCGCAGGUCGUUAAGUGGGAUCGAACCAAGUACCUAACACAAUCGGAAUGAAGAUACCCCAAUUCGGACAGCACUAAUUCCAAAUUGUUUCUUUGCUUUUUGCUGUUGAUCAGUUCAUAUACUUUAUGCACCCAGUAAGAAAAUGAUCAUGACGUCGAUGUAGGCAUU